CAGUGUUAUUUCUCUAUCCGGGGUGCUCUCUAAUUAUAGAGCAGGCAGGCUGCUCCUUUAAGGCCCUUCUUGUUGCACAGCCACCAUUACUAUAUUGUUUUUUUAAUCUUUCUUUUAGUUUGGAGUAAAAAUGGUUAUUAAAGUAUUCCUCGCCUCUUCCUCUGGAUCUACAGCGAUCAAAAAGAAGCAGCAAGAUGUGGUCGCCUUCCUGGAGGCUCUGAAAGUGGACUACACUGAGCUGGACAUUGCCUGCAAUGAGCAGAACCGCAUGUGGAUGAGGGAAAAUGUUCCAGAAGAGAAGAAGCCCUCCAAUGGCAUCCCACUCCCUCCCCAGAUUUUUAAUGAGGAAAGCUACUGUGGGGAUUACGACACGUUCUUUGAUGCCAAGGAGGAAAACUCUGUGUAUUCCUUCCUAGGGCUGCCCCCUCCUCCUGGAUCAAAGGAAGCAUUGCAGGCUGAGAAGGAGAACAUCAUAGAGAACGGAACCCAUGCAGAGGAGAACCCAGACGACUCAGCAAAGCAUAAUGGGGAUGCACAAGGAGAAGAAGAGGAGGGACAUGCAGGGGAUAAGGACGAAGGAGAGGAUGGAGAAGCAGACGAACUAGAAACUUCAAGGGGAGAGCAUGUGGCAGAGGAGGAGGAGGAGGAGGCAGCGGAAGAAACAGACGAGGUCACAGAAGACACAGAGGCGCAGCAAGAAGAGGAAGAAGAGCAGGAAGAAGAAGAGCUACAAGAGCUUGAGGACCAAGAAGAACAAAUCAGUGAGGAAGAAGAGGAGGCAGAGUUGGAAGAGGCAGAAGAAGAGGCUGAGUAGUUACAGUGAAGCCAAGAUGAAGACCUUCUACUGUCCUGCCUGGAGGAUCUCCCCCCUGUUACAUCAGAUGUUUGACCCACCCUCCCCUCAUACCAGUGGGACUCCAACUACCAACUCUGUAAUGGACUCCUCUAGAAAACCAUCAGUCCUGUGCUUUUCCCAUUUCUUUUUGACAGUAGUUUUCACUUAAUUUUUAUAUUUCUUAUGGAAAAAAACAUGGCUUGAAGAAAUUGUGUAGAGGAUCAGAAUGGUGUUUGUAAUUAGCAACAUUUGUGAGAUGCAGAUUUCUUGAACUUAACCACAGUUUUCAUGUUUUACACCCACCAGUCCUGGUUCUUUAACCUUAGGAGGCAGUAACCUUUAAAAAAAUGUUUACCGUGUCACUCUCUUGUAAAAUAUUCUGCUCUUUUAUUCCAGCGUUGUGCCUUGCUUACUCCCUUUAUCAGAUGAAUGUUUUAAGAGACUUUUAAAGUCCCCACAAGGAAAAACAAAUGCUGCAAGAUACAGACUCUACAGUUUUUACAAGUACCUCUGCCCGUACUGCUGACUAAUCAAUGCACUUUGUUGAACAAAAAGGGAAACAUGUAACUAAGACAUGGAUACAAUGGAGAAAAUAAACUAUUUUC